AUGGUCACUUGUGAAAAACGUCUUCAAAGUAGAUUUUCGGCGACCACAUCACGUUAUCUUUUGCCAACAUUUCGACGUCCCUGUUAUUUAGCGAUUUGGAAGGAUAUAAAUGAUCAAUACAUCGAUGCAGGAAAUCUUUUUUAUCAAUGGACUUUGGAAGGUGAAUCACCAAUAUACGAAGAAAUAAAUGAUGCUCUUCUAUGUGAUAAUUAUAAUAAAUUGAGAAAGCAUAUUAUUUAUAUUAAUAAAUUACGUCGAGCAAUUCAAGAAAAUCGUCAAACAGAACCAAUGAGAAUUUAUCGGAAUCUUGAACUUGAUCCAGCUUAUGUUCGAAAAGAAUAUCAAGAAGAUCAAAUAUUUUUAUGGCCAACAUUUUCCAGUGCAUCACGUGAUAGAAAAAGAGCAUCAAAAUUUGGUAAUUAUACAUUUCAGAUUGAUACAUCUUCUAAUGGUGUUACUUAUUAUACGGAUAUCAGUAAAUAUUCUGAAUUUCCACACGAACAAGAAGUUUUAUUUUAUCCGUAUAGUGGAUUUCGGGUGAAAGAAAUUCUUUCAGAUGCUAAAAUUAUUAAAUUAGAAUGUGUUGAUACAUUAGCAGUGGAACUACAUUCAAAACAAUUAAUUCCAGAACAAGUAAAACUUUUCGAUCAACGUAGACAAAUGUUUGUUUAUCUUCAUAAAGAUAGUAAAUAUGUACAUUGGUCAAAAGCUGAUCAACCAGAUAAAAUAUAUUGUAUUGGAGAAAAUCCAACUGGAUAUUGGGAUUCACCGAAACGAUUUCAUCAUAGAAAUGGUUAUUUUCUUAAUCGAGGAUAUUCAGGAUGGAAAGAAUAUCUAAAUAAUCACUAUCAUGCAACAUUUCAACAAAAAGAAUAA